CGGCGCGGGACGGAAACUGCCUCUCAACCCAGUUGCGAGUAUAUACGUGCACAUAUACGUGCACAUAGUAGUACACGAAAAUGGCGGCGGGCGGCUCACUCGCCAACGUCAAGUUCAUGCAGGAGAUCGUUGAUGAGUUUCUCAGCUGUGCGAUGUGCGGUGGCGAGUUCAUCAAACCGAAGACGCUCUCCUGCCUUCACACGUUCUGCGAGAAGUGUCUCAGGGACCACGUCACGUCGUUGCGUGGCCGCGCGUACGGCGGCUACCGCGACCUGCCGUGUCCAACCUGCCGCAAGUACACCGCCCUGCCGCUAGGCGGCGUCGCCUGCCUCCUGGACAACUUCUUCGUAACGAGUCUCGGCGAGGUGGUGCGAAAACGCGGUGCGGGGAAGGCGUCGCGAUGUGAGUUUUGUCGGCAGCUAAAGGAGACGGCGGUGGCCGAAGCGACGUCGCGCUGUCUCGACUGCGAGAAGCGACUGUGCGGCGACUGCGCCGACGCGCACCGACGCACGAGAAUCACCGCCGAGCACGUGAUCUGCGACGCCGACACGCCGGAGCAGGCGACGUCGUGCGACGCUCACGUCGACGAGGUGGCUCGCUACUACUGCGACCCGUGCGGUCGGCUCGUGUGCGUGCUGUGCACGCUCGAGCAGCACGCCGGACACGAGGUGAGCGCACUCAGGGACGGCGUCGGCAAGUACCGACGUCGCCUCGAUCAACUGCUCGCCGUGUGUCGGACGAGACUCGAGGAACUCCGCGAGCAGCUCGCCGACAUGCAGACGUGCUCGAUAGCCCUUCACGAGACGGAGACGCGCGUCCGCGCGCAUGCGCGUCGCACGAUCGAGAAAGUGCGCGCCGACGAGGAGCGACUCGUCGCUCGUCUGCGCCGACACUACGGCCGAGCGAUCGCCUUUCUAGACGCGCACGCCGACGUCAGCGACGCCCACGAGCGGCUGGCGAAGAACUGCAAGCUCGCCGACUCGCUGCGCUGCAAGGACAUCGAGUUUCUCGUCGUCAGGAAGGAGCUGGAGCGCGCGCUGCAGACGCAGAUGGACGACGACGAAGUGCGACCGACGCCGGAAACGGCGCACCGGAAGUUCGAGUUCAUCGAAGGUCACACGUGCCUCGGCAGGAUACGCAACCCAUACGAGUCGUCGGACAGCGAGGAGGACGACGAGGAGGAGGCGCACGGAACGCCCUCUAGCGGUGGCAGUGCGGUCGACGCGGCGGUGUCGACCGACGUCGUAGCGACGACGAGCUGCGCGACGCAGACGACGGGUCUCAAGAAGUCGUCGGUGACGUCAAACAAGAAGAAAGCCACCGCCGCCGCCGCCGCCGCUGCCGCUGCCGCCGUCGCCAGACCUCCUUCGCAAGACCAGUCGACGCAACUUCCCGAAGAGAAACAGCAGAAGAUACGCAUCGCCGCCGACCAGGGGCUCGCCAUUCUACCCAACGGCGACCUAGUGGUCAUCGACGCCCACGACAACAAGCUCGCCAUACUGGACAAGCGCGGCCGAUUCCGCUACACGUUCGGAUCCGACCAGCUGACCUGUCCGAGCGAACUUCACCGCGGAAACGUGAAAGACUACACGCGCAACGGCGAUCGGCACGUAAAGAUAUACACGCCGCACGGUUACCUUCUUAACUGCCUCGACGACGAGCUGAUAAGUUGCCUGCCUCUUGGUUUGAAAGUGGACGAGAAAACCCUGUUCAAAUGAGAGCCGGCAGCGCCAUUCGAGACGGAAAAGGUUUGAGAAAACUGACGAGAGAAAAACAUACGUCGAAACUAGUCGAUCGGUGUUAACAUUGCGCCACAUGUUUGCACCGAGCCCCUGGAGCUUUAUCGAGUGGAAUACCGCGAGACGUCCACAGUAGUGAUGGCUCAAGACGUUUGUCCUAACGCUGCCUACAUCACAUCAUCUUUAAACGAGAGUGGUCAAUAAACCUAAUUAUUCAUAAUUCUUUUAAACUUAAUUGUACACUAGAUAUGCAUAAAUGCAACUAGUUGCGAUCGUGUUAUGCUAUACUAUCGGCAGGCAUUGUUCAUAAAAUGACGCCAUCCCGUCUUUAGCUAUGUCUUGAGUAUCGUGGCCCAGAUGAUUUUCAUGCUCCUAGAAAUUAUAUAUCUGGCUAUCAGAGAAAAAAAUCAAUGUUACUGAUAAUUCCCAGGAUUUAUUAAAGCAUUUAAUUGUCAUUUAGGUCACCAUGCUUUUAUAAUCAAUUAUUUACUAUAUGCUAAAUAUGUAACCUGCAGCGAUUAUGUUAUACGAAAGCCCUUACCUAAUUGAACGAAAUUAAUGACGAUUAAUUCUAUUAAAUUUAUGAAUAAAUUAGCCAGUUGACUAGAGAGACCCAGUUUACACGCUCGAGUCGAGAUGUACGCUUGAUUAUUAUACACCUCGGAUGUUUCUUGGGCGUUAUAGAAGUUCGUGCGGUUACGACUGACUGUACAGCGACGCAGAUUUAAGCUAAAAAUAACUGCUCAUUAGCGCGAAUCUGCGUCGUUCGUCGAUUUCCAACGACGUGCAUGCACCGCUGUGAAAAUACAUGCUGUCAAUGAAUUAGCGCCUUACACAUCGUACUCAAGCUACAACAGUCAAUGCGGUGAGCGGACAUUAGCUGGCAAUUACAUAGCGCGCUUUGAUGGCUUUCAUUGAGAGCAUCCGCAUCCAGGGAAACACGACUCGUCGCCUACACACGUUAUUUAAUCAACAUUAAUACUCAGCUGGUUAGUACCUCGCUGGAAUUUCAUCAGCUGUUCAUGACGGCUAUGAACAAGAUCGCUAUAAAAUACUGCACAGUGUGAGUGAGUGUGUGUGUGUGUGUGUGUGUGUGUGUGUGUGUGUGUGUGUGUGUGUGUGUGUGUGUG